AUGCCCGUCGUUACGCCAGAAAAGCUGGCUAGCCUGCAAAGGCAGUCUCAAGAUGUUCGAAAUAUAUGUAUUUUGGCACAUGUUGAUCAUGGGAAAACAUCUCUCACGGAUGCCCUGUUGGCCAGGAACGGUAUCAUCUCACCAAAAUUGGCGGGGAAGAUCCGCUAUCUAGACUCACGGCCGGAUGAGCAGAUUCGAGGCAUUACCAUGGAAUCAUCGGCUAUAUCACUUUAUUUCUCUAUGCUGAGAAGGUCAGCACCUGACGUAGAUCCUGAGCAGAAGGAGUAUCUGAUCAACCUGAUCGAUUCCCCUGGGCAUAUUGACUUCAGCAGCGAGGUAUCUACGGCAUCUAGACUUUGCGAUGGCGCAGUUGUUCUCGUUGACGCCGUCGAGGGUGUGUGCAGCCAAACAGUUACCGUCCUCCGCCAAACAUGGAUUGAAAAGCUCAAGCCCUUACUUGUGAUCAACAAGAUGGAUCGAUUAGUCACGGAGUUGAAGAUGACGCCAGGAGAGGCAUACAUUCAUCUCAGCAAACUCCUUGAGCAGGUAAAUGCGGUCCUGGGCAGUUUCUUUCAAGGUGAGCGAAUGGAAGAAGAUCUGAACUGGAGAGAGAGAAUGGAAGAGCGGGCGAGCGCCGCUGCAGCCGCAAAAGAAUCAGCCAUCGCGGACCAGAUUGCCGACAAUGGAGAUGUUCAGUGGGAGGAGCGCGACGAUGAAGAUCUUUACUUUGCGCCAGAACGGAAUAAUGUUAUCUUCAGCAGUGCUGUGGAUGGCUGGGCCUUUACAUGCCGACAGUUCGCCAGCUUAUAUGAGAAGAAACUCGGCAUCAAGCGAGGCGCGAUGGAGAAAGUCCUAUGGGGGAGCUUUUACCUAGAUCCUAAAACCAAAAAGGUUCUGGGGCCAAAACAUUUAAAAGGCCGAAAUCUGAAGCCUAUGUUUGUUCAGCUUGUACUGGAGCCGAUCUGGACGGUCUAUCAAGCAACAACAGGCGGCGAUAAUGGAAAGGGUGAUCCGGUGCUUCUCGAGAAAGUAAGCAAGUCACUCAACCUCACAAUUUCACCACACGUCAUCCGCGCCCGCGAUCCACGACUUCUCAUGACUACGGUCUUCGCUUCUUGGCUUCCUCUUUCGACCGCUUUGCUUGUAUCUGUUGUUGAGAGUCUUCCUUCGCCACCGAAGGCUCAGUCUGAACGACUACCAGAGCUGUUGGACAGUUCUCCUGGAGCAGACCAUAUUGAUAACAGGGUGAAGGACGCCAUGGUGUCGUUCAAGACAGAGAAGUCGGAUCCUGUAGUUGCGUAUGUCAGCAAGAUGGUAUCUGUUCCAGAAAGCGAGUUACCUGAAAACAAACGCCGGCCAGGACAGAUGAGUGGAGAAGAGGCUCGAGAUCUAGCUAGGAGAAAGCGAGCCGAAGCUGCCAGAGCUCAGGGAGCCAACGGCGAAGCAGCGGUAGAGAACAUCGCAGAGUCUCUGGCUAACGUUGAUAUUGACAACAUCACACCAGAGCUCGAACAAACAGAAGUCGAUCCCGAACACUUGAUAGGGUUCGCGAGAAUCUAUUCCGGAACAUUAUCUGUUGGAGAUAAGCUCUACGUCCUUCCCCCCAAAUGGUCCCCCGCCCAUCCAGACCACGAUCCCCAACCACAAGAGGUGACGGUCACCGCUCUGUACAUGUUGAUGGGCAGAAACCUGGAGUCCUUACAGCAAGUUCCGGCUGGAGUGGUCUUCGGAAUCGGGGGUCUUGAGGGUAAGAUACUGAAGUCAGGGACACUCUGCAGUCUACGUGAUGGGGCUCCCAACUUGGCUGGAGUCAGCAUGGCAGGAAAGCCCAUUGUCCGCGUCGCUCUCGAGCCUGUCAACCCCGCGGAUCUUGACAAGAUGAUCAAAGGUCUGGAGCUUCUCAUCCAGAGCGAUCCUUGCGCCGAGUACGAACAGUUCAGCAGUGGCGAGCAUGUUCUUCUGACAGCUGGCGAACUGCACCUAGAAAGAUGCUUGACAGAUUUGAAGGAUCGUUUUGCGCAUUGCGAAGUACAAGCAGGAGAACCUAUUGUCCCCUAUAGGGAAACGAUUGUGCGAGCUGAAGAGAUGCGCCCUCCUGUUAACCGCGAGCUUGGACGUGGUGUUGUCGUCGGUGUUACCAGCUCCAAGCAAGUGCACAUUUCCCUUCGGGUUCGCCCGUUGCCAGAGGAAGCUACAACUUUCCUUCUUAAGAAUGCGGAUUCUAUCAAGAGGCUAUAUACCGAUAAGAGUUUGGCAGACAGUGAGGAUAACGUGGACGGAGCAGAUAGGGAGAAUAUUGAUGCCGAUACGGAGCUUGCUGCAGGCAAUACUCUAUCAGUUGAUGAGUUGAAGAAGCAACUCCAGCAAUCUUUGGAGAGAGGCAAAGGCCGAGAAGCCUGGAAGAACCAGGUCCACCAGAUUGCGGCCUUCGGCCCUCGACGAACAGGUCCAAACCUCCUCAUUGAUGCUACAAAGGAUGGUAUCUUACCCAAGGUAUUCGCAAAUGAGAAGGAUCAGGCUUCGGCACCUCAAGCAGGAGAGGCUUUACAUCCUAGUCAUCUGUCCGACAAAAUUACCUAUGCAUUCCAGCUGGCGACAGCCCAGGGACCACUCUGCAACGAGCCUGUGCAGGGACUAGCAGUCUUUGUGGAGGAUAUUUCCCUAGAUCUUCCCGAAGACGAUUCUUCAGCCAGGGACAAGCUCGGACGUUUGACUGGUGAAAUUAUCAAAACCUUCCAGUCCUCUCUACGAUCUGCAUUCCUAGACUGGUCCCCACGAAUCAUGCUUGCGAUGUACAGUGUCGAGAUCCAAGCGUCUACGGAGGUUCUAGGCCGAGUGUACGAUGUGUUGACCAGGCGUCGAGGUCGCGUUAUCGCCGAGACUAUGAAAGAAGGAACCCCUUUCUUUACAAUUCAAGCCCUGCUCCCCGUUGCGGAGAGUUUUGGCUUUGCAGACGAGAUGCGGAAGCGAACAAGUGGCGCCGCCCAGCCUCAGCUUUUAUUCGCUGGGUUUGAGAUUCUAGACGAGGAUCCAUUUUGGGUCCCCUUCACGGAAGACGACCUGGAAGAUCUGGGAGAAUUCGGAGAUAAGGAGAAUGUGGCAAAGAGGUACAUGGACGGUGUGCGUAGGAAGAAGGGUUUACUGGUUGAAGGAAGAAAUGUGGCUACGGAUGCAGAGAAACAAAAGACCCUCAAGCGGUAA